AAGAUGACCUCUUACCAUCAGCACCAGAUGAUGAGAGGUCCUAGAUGGAAAGGGGUUUGGUUCGACCCUUUUUUCCUCUUGCUGUUGGCUCUGCAGUUGCUUGCAGUGGCAGGACUGGUACGGGCCCAGUCAUGCCCCUCUGUAUGUUCCUGCAGCAACCAGUUCAGCAAGGUCAUCUGCACGCGCCGAGGACUGAGGGAGGUGCCUGAUGGCAUCUCCACCAACACACGCUACCUGAACCUUCAGGACAAUCUCAUACAGGUCAUCAAAGUGGACAGCUUUAAGCAUCUGCACCAUUUGGAAAUCUUACAGCUUAGCAAAAAUCACAUCCGCAACAUAGAGAUCGGCGCCUUCAAUGGGCUGACGAGUCUCAACACCUUGGAGCUGUUUGACAAUCGGCUUACGACCAUCCCAAAUGGAGCUUUCGAAUAUCUCUCUAAACUUAAAGAACUGUGGCUUAGGAAUAACCCGAUUGAAAGCAUACCGUCUUACGCCUUCAAUCGUUUACCCUCCUUGAGAAGGCUGGACUUAGGGGAACUCAAGCGUCUCAGUUACAUUUCAGAUGAAGCGUUUGAGGGCUUGAGCAACUUGCGCUACUUAAACAUGGGAAUGUGUAACCUCAAGGAGGUCCCAAAUAUUAAGCCCCUGGUUCGGCUGGACGAGCUCGAGAUGUCAGGGAACCAGCUGACUAUGAUCCAGCCCGGUUCUUUCAAGGGUCUGGUCUACCUUCAGAAGCUGUGGAUGAUGCAUUCCCAGAUCCAGACGAUCGAGAGAAACUCUUUCGAUGAUUUGCAAUCGUUAAGUGAUCUUAACCUGGCUCAUAACAACCUCACCUACGUGCCCCAUGAUCUUUUUACCCCUCUGCGGCAUUUGCAGCGAGUACACCUGCACCAUAACCCCUGGAAUUGCAACUGUGACAUACUGUGGUUAAGCUGGUGGCUUAGAGAGUCUGUCCCGACCAACACCAGCUGCUGCGCCCGCUGUAACUCUCCUCCGAGCCUCAAGGGGCGCUAUAUCGGCGAACUGGACCAGACCUACUUUCAGUGUUAUGCUCCUGUUAUUGUCGAGCCGCCUGGGGAUCUUAAUGUGACCGAGGGAAUAGCAGUGGAGCUCAAAUGUCGGACAAAUUCGCUGACCUCGGUCAGUUGGCUAACACCAAAUGGCUCCGUCAUGACACACGGGGCAUCGCUGGCACGUGUCUCUGUACAAAACGAUGGAACGUUAAAUUUUACUAGCGUUAUGAUUCAGGAUACCGGAAACUACACUUGCAUGGUCAGCAACAUGCUGGGCAAUAUUUCGGCCUCUGCCGUGCUCAACGUGAGCUCCAUGGACAACAGCGGUGUCACCUACUUUACCACAGUCACUGUUGAGACUAUCGAGUCCCCGAUUGAUGGGAUGAGUCGAGCCCCAGAGCAGCCUUCCUUCGGCUGGGUGGCGUCUUCUACCACGAAAGGAACCCCCCUUUCGACCGAGAAAGCCUACACCGUUCCUGUGACGGAUAUAGACGACGAGGGCACUCUCAACGGCCUGGAGGAGGUCAUGAAGACCACCAAGAUCAUCAUUGGCUGCUUCGUGGCCAUCACGCUCAUGGCCGCCGUCAUGCUGAUCAUCUUCUACAAGAUGAGAAAGCAGCAUCACCAGCAGGAUCACAACGGGCCGACCCGCACGAUCGAGAUCAUCACCGUGGACGACGAGCUGACGGGGGUUCCAGCGAUGGAGAGCCACCUCACCCUCCCUUCGCUGGAGCACGAGCACUACAACCACUACAACGCUUUCAAAAGCGCCUACAACCACGUCUCAAUGCACAGCUCCGUGCAUGAACCUUUACUAAUCCAGGCCAGCUCGAAAGACAACGUGCAAGAGACACAAAUUUAAAUUCUUCUGUACUAACAGUUAGACGUUUUAACAAGAUGCUCACGGAGGCGUGUCACAGAGAACCGGGAUGUAUGUAUUAUUUCAAGUGUGUUUACAAGCAGAUAUUAUUUAUUUGAAGAUACGUGUAGUGGCUGAAUUAAAAAAAUAAGUGAAUAACCUUU